AUGUUAUUACUCAUAUCUAUAAUUAUCUUUUCAAUUUAUUAUGCUCGAAAUACUUCAAUAUCCAAUAAAAUAAUAGAUAAAGAUAAAAAUACAACAACAAUGACGCCAAUAUCUUUAAGUACAACAGAAUUAUUUUCUGAAAAUAAAUUUCAACAGAUAUCAACCGAUAUUUUUUGUUCUAACCAUGGAACGAUUGUCUUACGAAUGGUUAUUGGUGAUUUUAAUAAUGAUGAUCAAACUGAUUUCAUAUUUCCUUGUAAAUUUACAGAAAAUAUUGAAAUAAUGUUACUAUUAAAUAAUGGAAAUAGCACAUUUCAAAAUUCGAUCAUUUUCUUAUUAUCGAAUUCUGAACAAAUACAAUCUAUUCACAUUGUAGAUUUUAAUAAUGAUCAUCGAUCUGAUAUAAGUGUAAUUCAUGGAAAUGAAAUGAAUAAAAAACUAACAAUUCUAUUAAACAAUGGUAAUAAAACAUUUCAUAAUUCGACAACAUUUUUAUUGGAAAAAUUUUACCGAAUACAUGAUGUCCAUCUUGCUGAUUUUAAUAACGAUAAUCAAUAUGAUAUAUUAUUAACACGGAGUAUUAUAUCAAAAGAAAAUUUGGUUGUUUUAUUAGGGAGUAAUGAAGGAAGAUUUCAGAAACAAAUUACCGUAUCAUGUACAAUAUUCAGUUUCCUUAUGGGACGUACGAAAGUACAUGAUUUUAAUAAUGAUGAUAUACUGGAUAUUGUUCUAGAUUUUGAAGCAGAUAAAAAUAUUGGUAUUAUGUGGGGCUUAGGAAAUGGAUCAUUUUCAACAGAAUUUUUAUUAUUUAAAAAAGAGAGUAUUACUUUUUUACAGAAUUUAGCAGUUACUGAUGUUAAUAAUGAUGAUUAUCUUGAUAUUAUUGUAUAUGAAAAAGAUUCUAAACAUAUAUAUGUUUUAUUUGGAAAUAUAAAUGGAACAUUUCAAAUACGAAAAUCAUUAUUUACUAUCAUUAUGUUUAGUUAUUAUACAUUUCAAGUAAUUGGUGAUUUUGAUAAUGAUAAUCGAUCUGAUAUUGUUUUUAUUUAUAAUGAUUUUGAAUAUAUUGAAUGUACAAUUUAUUACUAUCAUAACAAUAAAUUUACAAAAUAUGAAAAGAUUAGCAUUGAAAAUAUUGGAUAUAUCAAUUCAGUUACUGUUCAUGAUCUUAAUAAUGAUAAUUAUUUAGAUCUAAUUUUUGACAUGCAAGAUCAAAAUAUUUAUGUUCUAUUUGGAUAUGGAAAUAAGCAAUUUUAUUUUAAACCGAUUUAUUGGAAUAAAUUUCCCACUAAUCGUAAAUGGAUGAUUAUCACUGAUUUUAAUGAUGAUAAAUAUGAUGAUAUCAUCGUCGAUGUGAAUUCUCAAACUAUUGAUGUUCUCCUUAGUGAACGCGAAUUUCUCAUAAACUAA